AUGAUUAUUGCACAGAUUAGUAUCUUCAUGACCCAUCUGUCAAACUACGGGAACGAUCGGCUCGGCCUGUACACCUUUAAGAGCCUGGUGAUGUUCCUCCAGACGUGGACCAACCUGAAGAUGCAGACCCUGCCCCCCAUCCAGCUGGCCCAGAAGUACUUCAGCCUGUUCCCCUCCGAGAGGGAUCCACUCUGGCAGGAUCCCUGUGAGGACAAAAGGCACAAGGACAUCUGGUCCAAAGAGAAAACAUGUGACCGCUUCCCCAAACUGCUCGUCAUCGGGCCUCAGAAGACAGGGACGACAGCUCUCUACUUGUUUCUUGGCAUGCACCCGGACCUGACCAGUAACUAUCCAAGCAAGGAGACCUUUGAGGAGAUCCAGUUCUUCAACGGGCACAACUACCACAGAGGCAUUGACUGGUACAUGGAGUACUUCCCUCUGCCCUCCAACACUAGUUCAGACUACUACUUUGAGAAGAGUGCCAACUACUUUGACUCGGAGGUGGCUGCUCAAAGGGCCGCAGCUCUCCUGCCCAAAGCCAAGAUCAUCACCAUCCUCAUCAACCCGGCGGACAGAGCUUACUCUUGGUACCAGCACCAAAGAGCCCACGAUGACCCGGUGGCGUUGAAAUACUCCUUCCGCGACGUCAUCACCGCAAGCCACGAGUCUCCAGUCAAACUACGGGUCCUGCAGAAUCGCUGUCUGGUGCCAGGCUGGUACGCCAUCCACCUGGAGCGCUGGCUCAACCACUACCACUCCAGCCAGUUGUUAGUCUUGGAUGGGCAGAUGCUGAAGACUGAGCCUGCUUCAAUCAUGGAUAAAAUCCAGAAGUAUCUGUCCCUGGUCAACGUCAUCAACUACCACAAGAUCCUAGCGUUCGACCCUAAGAAAGGAUUCUGGUGUCAGCUGCUGGAGGGAGGGAAGACCAAAUGUUUAGGAAAGAGUAAAGGUCGCAGGUACCCUGACAUGGACCAUGAGUCCCAGGGCUUCCUCAGGGAGUACUAUAGGGAUCACAACAUUGAGCUGUCCAAGCUGCUCUACAGGAUGGGUCAGCCGCUGCCCAGCUGGCUCCGAGAAGAGCUGGUCCACACCAGGUAGCAGCCCCCCAGGGGGAGACCACAGCUCCACACUGAACUCCACCCUGCCAAAGGGACUCUGGUCAAGUGGCCUGCAAUGUUGAAGAUCCCCAAAUAGUUUUGAAAGAGUCUGAAAUAUGUCAAAAUGUAAGGAUGGGAUGCCCAACCAGAACUCAAAUCUUAACUGUGAUCUUCCCAAGUGGAUGAUGAGCAGAAAGAGAGCGUUGUUGCUUUGCGCAGCUGAUGGCGCUCCUCUCUCCCCGGGCAUCGAGAAGCUGUUGCUCCCCUGCAGGACACACCAGGAGCAUGGACACCUGAAAGAUGGCCACCGCCGUGUCCUGCAGAAGAAGGAAAGGCUCAGCGAUGCACAGGAGGAGGGACCUUCAAUGUUUGAUAAUCACAUCCCUGCUCUACUCAAACCUCUUCUUUGCAUGAAAAUCAAAGAAAGGAGAAAGAUACUGGUGGAAGAGAUGAACACAAAAUCACCCUUGUCUCCAGCUAUGAGUUUUGGUGUGUUUGGAUUAAAACAGGCAACAUAACAUUGACUUUAAUAGUUGACAGCCUGACCGACAGAGAGACAUUGAUUCCAAAUGCCUUUGACAUAAGUAAGUGUUUGUUUGAGAGGAGAACGGGACAUCUGGAGUCUUGACUCAGGCUGCAUGUUGUAGCCUUACUCAAUAGGCCUUGGUAGAAUCUAGUUAUUGCAUUUACAAGUGCCAGGACGGAUCAGAAUAUCACCACAUGGACGAUUGGGGGUUAUUUUUCUUUGCAACGUUUUUUUUUUUUCAUUUCAUUUCUCAGAUUUUAUUUUAACAUUUCUACAAUGCUGACUGCAAUGCAUUAUUAUAGAAUGUACCAAAACUAAAUCUUAGCUCAGUUCUCUCAUAAGGACAGAUCUACAGAAGACUGGUUUGUUAAACUGUUCGGCCUUUUGUAGUCAGUUCCAUGACCGUUAAAUUGGCUCAAGCAGGAACUGUUUAGAUGUUGAAAGCACAAUAUUUAAGGAACAUGGAUUCUAAACAUACAGGUUAAUGGAAAGCACAUUUAUAAAAAGGAUUCUCCUACAACAUGUGAAGAAGAUCAUAAGCUAGCUACUGUAUGUUUAAUAACACUCUGGUCAGAUAGUGUACAGAACAAGGUUGUGCAUUUCAAAUCCUUUUUCAGCAUUUGAUACUUUUAAUUUGUAUUUUACGUCAGAACUGUAUAUUUUGUCUUUAUAUUUUGUUUCAUUUCAUUUAUUAGUUGAGUUUUUAAGAUUGGGGGAAAGAAGCUGUCUCUGGGAAAAGUUGCCAGGCGAACCAACAGUUGCCCAGUGAGACCAUACAGACGUUUGGUUGUCGAUCGAGGUGUUACCACUGCAACUAGAUGUCAAGCAUAGAUAACAAAAAGCUGCUCUUAUUGCAAUAGUUUUGUACAAUGUUCUGAUGUAAUAACGCACAUGGUGGUCCUUUAUUUCCUGACUUUGUAAUGUACAUAGUAUACGCAACCUUCAGUAGACCUAAAUUAUUGAAUGUGUUUGGGUUUACACUCUCCAUCAGCCCAUUCCCAUUGUGUGAAAUGUCAGUGCUGUACUGAGGGGAGUUUGGAUGACGUCAUCAUGCGGAGGUGUGUCGCUAAGAUUGUUUCCUCUCAUUCCUCUCACUGCCAACCGUUGUACACAGGUACUGAGUCUCUCCAUAUAAAGUAUUACGUGAUAACACAUAACAGCAAUGAUGGUACUAAUCUCCUGGACUGUAUGAUAAAGAUUUGUAAUUGUUGUCAAUAAUUUUUACAGUGUAACUAAUAUUGUCGGUGCUUUUUAAUUUGCAAAUAAAACACCACUGUAUUUUUCAAUAUA